UCUCGCAUCACCGCCAUGUUCGUCCACCAUGCUAUCGGUUUGCUGCUCACUCUCGCACUUUCCAGCGCAGGACGUCCUCGCCAGUCUGCAAAGACGCCCAAUGCAUUCACAAUUCCACCAGAACUCAUCGACAUGUGUAUGCGAUAUCUCGUAGACGACAAGCCAUCUCUCAAAACCUGCUCGCUCGUCUGCAGGCAAUGGUGGUCUUGCGCGCGGCGUUACAUGUUCGAAACCGUAAUUCUAACCACUUCCGACAAAGAUGGCGCGUGCCUUCUUCCAUUCCUCCAGCACGACCUGUGGCCACUCAAGUCGCUCGUUAGGGAGCUGCACUUUCGCAAUCAAAACCGCCAAACAACCUUGCUUACUAGUCUUCCUGUUGAAUACCUGGCGCAGCUAAUCAGUUGCUGUCCCGACAUCAAAGCUCUUCGCUUCACCAAUGUUCGCUGGAUCAGAGAACGCGGCCAGGACAUGCCGUUGUGGCCUCGUUUUCCUCAGAUCCGAACACUCGAACUCACGUACCGCGACUCUCAUGCUUUGCCCGACAUCACAAGUAUCUUUCACUGGUUGCCUUUUGUCCGAGAGUUCACCUUCAACGGCGGGAUGGUCGGACGACUGGAAUCCUUCGACCGGUUCUCGCCCUUUGCUACGCCUCUCACGCUGCCGGCCAACCUGCGUCUCGAGUCUUGUCACCUCAGGUCGCACGAGACGAACCGAUACGUACUGGACUACUUGCGAAAUACACAGACAAUGCAGUCGCUCCAGUCCUUCUCGGCUGUCGUGACCACUGCAGACGAGGACCACACUGUCAUCGGCCAGAUAAUCGAGGCCGCCAGCGGCACCCUGCGGCGCAUCAGCCUGGAUCUGUCGUCUCACAAGCUAUCCACUUACAUUUACCAGCGUAGGUAUAUCGCGCCUAAGUGCUGACAAGCUACUGAACCCACGGACGUUUAGGCUCCAUGCUGCUGACCUCCGCGCGUUUCCAGCUCGGCUCGUGCUCGCAGCUGGAGAACCUUCAUCUCACGAUGCUCCUCUAUCUGCCGCGACAGGAUACUCAGCAGAACUCGAUACACUUCGUAGCCGCAGGACAGCAGGUCGACGAGAUCAUCCGGACGGUCACCUCGACCGCGUUUCACAACGUCUCCUUUGAACUUGUCGGAAGUGCGACGAAGGAUACAGAGCUUGGAACGCUGCACGCGUACCAGUGGGGCGACCUCGAUGUCUACUUGUCGGCACACCCGACGAUCCGGACCGUGACUUGGAGGUGGAAGGCCGGGUGGUCGGACAGCCUCAUGACGUAUCUCGUGAAGAGGAUGCUCCCUCUGACCAGCAUGCAUAGGAAGUUGAGGUUUGAGUCAUCUGUUGAGAGAGUGAGCUCCGAUUUUAUAUCAACAGUGCUC